GCCAUGCUAGCACCGGGUAUUCGAGUCGCCCGCGGUCCCGACUGGAUCUGGCAUGAACAAGAUGACGGUGAAGGACACGUCGGGACACUGUGUGAAAUAGGACGAUUUGGAUCGACCCACUCGCCGGACAAGACCGUUGUUGUGAACUGGGAUUCGGGCCACCGGACAAACUAUCGUGUCGGUUACCAUAAACAGUACGAUCUGAUCGUGAUCGACAACGCACAAAUAGGCGUGAAACAUCCGAACGUCCUUUGUGACGGUUGCAGCAAGGCGGGCAUCACUGGCAUACGGUUCCGGUGUGCUGAAUGUCCGUACUACGAUUUGUGCGCCACCUGCUACGGCAAUGACCUGCAUGACCUAGAACAUCCCUUCAUCCGCUUUCAGACUGCCAACUCGCUCGGCAUCCUUCUGCCACCACGGAAAGGUUCGACCAAGAUACAGUUAAAAGGAAUCUUUGCCGGUGCGAGAGUUACACGUGGUCCCGACUGGGAAUGGAAUAAUCAGGACGGUGGUCCGGGCAAAUCUGGUCGUGUCUUGGAAAUUCGCGGCUGGGACAACGAAUCCUGUCGCAGCGUGGCGAGUGUAGCUUGGGCUUCCGGCUCUACCAACGUGUAUCGGCUCGGACACAAGGGAAACGUAGAUCUGCGUUACGUGCAGCCGUCUGUCGGUGGAUUUUACUACAAAGAUCACAUGCCAGUAUUAGGACAACCAGAAGAACAGCAACCGGUUUCACCACCGGUGCGUUCCAAUUUUUCCGUCGGCGACCGUGUCCAGGUGGCUAUCUCAGAGGAGCGUCUAAAGACGUUGCAACAGGGCCAUGGAGGAUGGAACCCGCGCAUGGCCGAAUACCUGUCGAAGGUUGGCAUCGUGCACAGGAUCACCGACAAGGGUGACAUCCGGGUGCAGUACGAGGGCUGCACUAACCGGUGGACCUUUCAUCCGGCAGCGCUCGUGAAGAUUUUUAGUUUCAACGUCGGUGAUAUAGUUACCUUCAUUGCGGAUGCUACUAAAAUGCAACAACUCCAGAAAGGUCAUGGCGAGUGGAUCGAAACGAUGCACAAUGUGUUGGGCAAAUUGGGAAAAGUGCUCAAAAUCUACAGCGAUGGUGAUUUGCGCGUGCAGCAAAUGGACGAAGACAUGGCGUGGACAGUGAACCCAAUGUGUGUAAAGUUAUCGACUGCGGCGCAUGCUGCCGCGACUGAACGCUCCAACAGCAUGCGAGAUUUAAGCAAUCAGCGUAUCAACGUACACCAUAUGGCGCCCUUGGCCGGGCUGGGUGGUCCUACGGCUCCCGAUCGGCUGGUACGCGAAGCUGCCCUGGGUAACCUCGAAUUCGUCCAGACCUUCCUAAACAUUAAUCCGGAAGCAGUGGAUUGCGUAAGUGGUGGAAAAACCUGCCUUCAAGUGGCUGCUCACCAGGGUCACGUAGAGCUGGUGAAGUAUUUACUGAUGGCGGGUGCCAAUGUAAACGUUACAGACAAGGAAGGCGACUCAACGUUACACUAUGCGGCAUUCGGCAACCAGCCGGAAAUUAUGCGUGUCCUGUUACAGCAUAAUGCCAGCAUCGAUGAGCUCAAUUCGGCCCACUGUUCGGCAUUGCACAUCUCCGCACAUAAAAAACCGCCGCACUGUGUCAAGGUGUUGUUAGAGUUCGGUGCGAACGUUAAUGUGCAGGACGCGUAUGGCGAUACGGCACUGCACGAUGCGAUCGGCAAAGAAAACGUAGAGGUAGUGGAGAUGCUUUGUGGUUGCCCCACGCUUGAUCUUACUAUCCGUAACCAUCGUGGAUUCAAUGUGUUGCAUCACGCGUCCCUCAAAGGCAAUGUGCAUGCAACACGUCACAUCAUUCGAUUGGCACGUCAACUGAUGAAUGUGCGUAAGGAUGAUGGUUUUUCUGCGCUACACCUAGCAGCCCUAAACGGGCAUACGCGUAUUAUUGAGGUGUUGGUGCAAGAAGGUCAAGCGGACAUAAACAUCCGUAACAACCGCAGCCAAACACCGUUUCUGCUGGCGGUCUCGCAGGGACAUACGGCCUCCAUCGAAAAGCUGGUUGAUCUCGGAUGCGACGUUCGAGCGCGCGACGAAGAUGGCGACAACGCAAUGCAUCUGUGCAUCAUCAAGAAAGCGAAUCUGGUACAGGACGUCUCGCCAACGGAUGCGCCGAAAAUCCACGACAUUUACCAAUCGCUGGCUGGCAUUGUGAUCGAGCAUCGACUCAUGUAUGCGCUGUUAUGCUUUCUCGCCAGUGAAGGUUGCCCGCUCGACGUCAACCACAAAGGUGCUCGCGUACUUGAUUGGAUCGGGAGCCCACAAAUCAAGGAAAUCAUCGUCGAAUACGAACGAACGCGGUUGGCGAGGGAAGCUGCUGCUGCUGCAGCACCGAAUGGUCCCAUCAUCUCGGCCAGUCUCCCAGCCAACCCCUCCGGUGGAACAUCCUCUCGUAACUUGCCCAACCCAGAAGAGGACACACCACCACAUCACCAAUUGGCGUCUAACCUAGAAGCGAUGAACAUUGCGGGACUCGCAGUCGAGUCAACAUGUAGCGGGAGGGUGGAAAAGCUUGCGGACGCUGCCGGCAGUGCAUCGCUUGCGCUUGAGAACGGACUGGCGGGUGUUAGUGGAUUACAGCAUCCUGCCCCGUCCGUUCCGAGCAAUCCUCCAACACCAGCACGUCGCAAUAGGGGACAUGGAACUCGGGAUGCCGCUGGUACGCUUGUCACACCGCCCGCCGUUCUCGGUGCUGCUGGCAGUCAUUGUGAUGAGGCAGAACCUAACCUACUUCACCCUUCUGCCGCAGCAAUCUCCUCCUCAUCAUCAUCAUCUGUCCCCGUGAAUAUCAGUCCUAGUACCGCCGGUAACGGCACCACCAUGCCUGUAGAUAGUCCCGCUCGGUACAAGUCACCAAACAGAGCCUUAUCGCCUGCAAUGGGCGACCCCCUACCAGCACCACCCACGCCCCCUCCACAUGGUUCAUCCUCGCCGUCAUUGAGCUCCGGAAUUAGUGUCGCUCCUUUGUCGAAGCAUAUCAGCCGGCGGCAAUUCAUGAUGGACAAGAACACGGCACCUCCUACACCACCACCAUCAACAGCCACUUCCAAUCUGCCCACCGCUACUUCCUGCACAGCUAGUCCGACGCCACCAGCAACAGUUGCACCACCGGUGCCACCACCGCCUCCAGCAUCGGUACCGCACCUGCAACAUCACCAUCAACAAGUGCUGGCUCCAACUGAAGCACCACGCGAAUGUAUUGUGUGCAACGAAACACUACAACUGAUCGUGUUCGAUCCCUGCCAUCACCAGAUUGCUUGUGAGGAGUGCGGUUUGCGCAUGAAGAAGUGUCUAACCUGUGGGAUGCACAUCGAUCGUCGCACAACCGCUGCCGGGUGGCCACUGCAUGGUCCGAAGGAGGGCCGGCAUCCGUCCGCAGACCGGCUGCGAUACCUCGAGAGUAAAAUCAUGGAGAUCGAGGAAACCCAUUGUUGCAGCAUCUGCAUGGAACGACGGCGAAAUAUAGCGUUCUUGUGUGGGCACGGUUCCUGUUCCAAAUGUGGCGAAACGCUCAAGAUCUGUCACAUGUGCCGGAAGCCGAUUACGAAAAAGAUCAAUCUUUAUUAA